CAGCUGGUUGACGGUUGGCAAUCAACUGUGAGGUGCGAUGAGUUAGUGACACGGUUUUAUUUGUAUUUUACCGUAGUGUAGUUUAUAGUUCUUCUAAUUAUAAUCCAGUCUAUCACUGGAUAGUUUAGCAAAAUUUAUUCAUUUCUCUGCACCGCAUUCGCAUGAUAUUUCGCUGUAUUUAGCCAAAGUAAUCCGUUCUUAGCGUCGGCAACAGGUGUCAAAAGCAAAAAGCUCCAAGUAGUUUCUCGUGUACACAUCCAAAGACUGUUUACUGACGAAAAUAGUUACCUAAUUCCACUAAUCAUGUGUCCGCUGUGCUUGCUUGCCUUUUGAAUACAUUUCAAAUUUUAUAUCUUCACUCAUCAGUUUCUAAUCCAAGCCGGCAAUUAGCUUUCUUGAUUCAUCUGUCCAAAAAAUGGAUUAUGACUAUUUGAUUAAAUUCUUGGCACUUGGUGAUUCUGGCGUUGGAAAAACAAGCUUCCUUUAUCAAUACACAGACGGUGUAUUUAAUUCAAGAUUUAUAUCGACUGUUGGGAUUGAUUUCAGAGAAAAAAAAUUGGUGUACCAAACAAUGAACGGCAGAAGCCAGAGAAUUCAUUUACAACUCUGGGACACAGCUGGGCAAGAAAGGUUCAGAAGUCUGACUACAGCUUUCUACCGAGAUUCAAUGGGAUUCCUGUUGUUGUUUGACUUGACAAACGAACAGUCCUUUCUGGAGGUCAGAAACUGGCUGGAUCAGCUGAGGACGCAUGCGUACUGCGAAGACCCUGAUAUAAUUCUUUGUGGAAACAAGUCUGACCUUGAAGACCGUCGUGUAAUCAGUGAAUAUAAAGCACGGGAACUUGCAGAAAAGUAUGGCCUAGGCUACUUGGAGACUAGUGCAGCUACGGGGCAGAAUGUUGCUCGAGCAAUAGAAGUGCUGCUUGACCGUGUUAUGCGAAGAAUGGAAGCUACGGUAGACAAGUCUGUACUGCCGCAUCAACGAGGUCUCCGCUGUCACGACACAGAUAUUCCGCCACCAACUUCUUCUUGUUACUGUUGAUAACGGCUGCUUAUGAUUCUUGCCAGAGUAUUUUUCUUGCUGUGUUCAUCUAUAUGUUUUACCCAUAUUUUUAUGAAUUUCACAAAUUCCGAUACCAAUAUUUUUCACAAAUAUCAAGAGGUCUCGGAUUCUCAUUUAUUCUUGUUAUCCUUAUUCAAGUCUUCUUGAAUUUCAAGAUAUUGCUUGUAAGAAAAUAUGCUUCGAACCAAGAGGGUCUAGAAUCUGGGCACAAAAAAUCAGUCGUUCUACUUACAUACCAAAUUUUAUAGUAAAAACUUCUAAUGUACUGAUACAAUGUUGAGAUAAUUUUGAACGCCGAUUGAUUAUUGUCAGUUUAAAAAAUUUUCUAAUUGAUACUAUACGUCCAAGAUAAAUGUAAGAAUUUUGAGGAAUAUUUAAAAUU